CCUCCUCUCAGCAGUGAUCUAUCCGCACAUGCUCAGAUCUUCAGCUCCGCUCGCGCUCCGCGUCUCCUCUGUGCUCGCGGCCUGUCCGCAGACACACACAGAUGAACUCCUAGGAGAGAUGGUCUCAUGGAGCUCGUGUCUCGUUUGCGUUUGAGUCCACCAUGCACUUUAGGAUUUCAAUAAGAUGUAUGUGUGUUUUGAGAUAAUCAUUUUGCUUCUCUCCUGCAACUUCUGCGUCUUCGUUUAUACUCAGGAUCCCUCCUGCUGCCAUCAUGCCGCAGAACUCUUUCCUCAGUGUAGUGAAGCAUGUGAACAGCUUGUGACCAUUAGAAGUGAAUCACGUCUAAGGCACCUUCUUCUCAGUUUGCCAAGUUACUGCCCAGAAUCUUUGAGUGAACUUUGGAUCUGCAUCAACGAUACAUUACCCGGGGCAUCAAAAAAGUCUGAUGGUUGGGUUGGCCUGGGAUGUUGUGAGCUGGCCAUAUUGCCUGAAUGUCGCAGGGACUGCAAACAGGCAUCAUCUAAAAAUGAGAUCACAAAAGUAUGCAAGAAAGACUCAGAGAAACCACUCUACAGCUGUAUCACCAAAAAUGAAAUGGGCUCAAUAUGCUGCAGUUAUGCAGGGAGACACACGACCUGCCGUGAAUAUUGCCAAGCCAUCUUCCGCACAGACUCAUCACCCAGUGUCUCCCAAAUUAACACUGUCAAAGAUUACUGCCAGAGCGUCAGUCCACCACUCAUCAGCUGUGUGGCCAACUAUACCAAAUCCUACCCAAUCAGAAGCCCUAUUGACAGUUUGUACUGUUGUGACAGAGCGGAGGAGGCCCACUGUCAGACGGCCUGUAAACGCAUCCUCCGCACUAUGACCACCGAGCAGGAGAUCAUGGACGGUCUGAUCAAAGAAUGUGGCCGUCAGCCUCUCCCACAGGACCCGCUUUGGCAGUGUUUCUUGGGAAGCGCACACCCUCCCACCAAAAGAGAUCCAGAAUUCCCUCCAAUUGCAAAGAUGGACCACGCUAAACUCCACUGUUGCUCCAAAGCCAACACUUCACACUGCAGGAAUAUGUGCUUGGAGAUCAGCACCAACUGGGGCACUCAGACGUGGCAGGAGUUUGACCAGCUUUGUGAAUAUAACCCUGUUGAGAUGGACCUUAUAACCUGCUUGGCUGACGUGAGGGAGCCGUGCCAGUUAGGCUGCAAGGAUCUGACCUACUGCACCAAUUUUAACAACAGGCCAACUGAGCUGUUUCGAAGCUGCAAUGUUCAGUCAGAUCAGGGUGCCAUGAACGAUUUCAAACUCUGGUCCAAUGGAACUAUCAAGAUGCCUUUCAUGAACAUCCCAGUGCUGGACAUACGGAAAUGUCAGCCAGAGAUGUGGAAAGCUGUAGCCUGUGCCCUGCAGAUCAAACCAUGCUACAGCAAGUCCAGAGGAAGUGUCAUUUGCAGGUCAGACUGUGUAGAUAUCCUGACCCAGUGUGGAGAUUGCAAACGGUUUCUUGAAGGACAGACUCCAGAGCGGAUAUGUGACCUUCUGUCCCCAACAGAUGAUCCAGAGCGGUGCAUUCCUCUGAAGAGAUACCUCACCCCCAGUCCCUUUGCUAAUAUUAUUGAAGAAGUGAUCCAUCCCUGCAACCCUAAUCCAUGUCCAAGCAACCAUCUUUGUGAAGUGAACAGGAAAGGCUGCCACCCAGGACAAGACUGCCUGCCAUACUUCUGUGUACCUGGGUGUAAACUAGGAGAAGCUUCUGAGUUUCUCGUCCCUAUGGAUGCCCGUAUCCAAGUGCCCACUCGGAACGUGGAGGUGGGCUGCUUUGAAGUUUGCACCUGCGGUCAAAGUGGCCGUCUGGAGAACUGUGCCGAAAUGCCAUGCUUUGACACCACCAAGACCUGUUUGAUUGGAGGACAAAGAAAAAAUCAUGGUACGUCCUUCCGGGUAGACUGCCACCCCUGUUCCUGCUUCGCUGGAGAAACCAUCUGCUCUGCUCGCCAGUGUCUCAGGUCAGACAGCUCUAAUGAGGAUCGACGCCUAUUCACAGGGCUUCCUUGCGGCUGUGCUGAUCAUUUUGUGCCUGUUUGUGCACGUAAUGGACGCACAUACCCCAGUGCUUGUGUUGCACGCUGUGUCGGCUUCCGAGACGAUCAUUUUGUUUUUGGGUCCUGCAGAAGCAUCGAUCCCUGCUCACCAAACCCCUGUCAAAGGAACCAAAGGUGCAUACCUAAACGACAAGUGUGUUUGACGGAUCUGUUACAGUAUCCCUGCCCACAGUACGAGUGCGCUACUCGCCCGUCUGGCUGUGACCACAACCAGCUGGAUCCAGUUUGUGACACAGAUAACACGGAGCAUGCCAAUCUGUGUCUACUGCACUUACGGAGCAAAACCCUGGCAUACAUGGGCCACUGUCAGGAUGCUUGCAGGAAGCCCAGAGAGGUAUGUGGCCACAAUGGAGAAACCUACAGUACAGUGUGUGAAGCUUUUUCAGACCGCGUUGCUGUUGACUAUCAGGGUCGCUGCCAUGCGGUCGGUGUGGUGUCAGAGUUCACAUCCGACUCAGGGUGUAACGCUGUGCCCUGUCCUCCUCUCUCCACAGAGGGCUGCAAUCCAGUCACACCACCUGGCGCCUGCUGUCCUGUGUGUGCAGGUAUGCUACAGAUCCUCUGGAACAAAGCACAGAUGAAUAUCUUUGCUAAGCUGAACAGGAACAAGCCUGUGAUGGUGCACAACAUCCUGAAAAUCCUGCGGCUACACAUCUCUGUCCCUCAGUGUGACAUCUUUGGCUACCUGAGCAUCGAAUCUGAGAUCAUCAUCCUCAUUGCGCCUGUUGACCAGCAGCCUACACCACUACAGAUUGAAGCCUGCAGUAAAGAAGCAGAGAAGAUCGACUCCCUCAUAAACUCUGGAAGCCCUACACUGGUGUCCCACGUGCCCCUGUCUGCCUUCCUCAACUCUGAGGUCAAACUUUCCACCAUUAGUUCAGCUGCUACCAACACCCCCCUCUUUUUCUCCCUCUGUCUCUUCCUCUUCUGUCUCUUCCUUUCUAUAACAGGGAUGCAAUUUCCCUUGUAAUCCCACAUUACCAAGUAACACUACCAUGUAUUUGACCUCUGGCCUUCCAAGGUCACUACAUGUCUCGACAGGAAGCUGUUCCAGUUGGCGUUGUCUAGACAAUCAUUACACUGCAAAAUGACAAGGACAAUCAAAUUCCAACUUAAUGAGAUGAAAAAAAACAGUACAUAUUUUUUCUCACAUUAUUAAGGACUUCUUCGCAAGUAAACUGUACUAUGUUGUCUUGUAAGGGCACUGAAUUCAGCUUUGAAAAUGGUGGAGCGAAAAGUGUAAAUGAAGAAACAUGAGUUACAGAUAGCACAACUUCUCAGAAGUCGGGUUUAGAUGCAAGAAAAUUGCUGCUUUUAAAUGUCUCACUGACCCAAUUGCUAAUGCACAUACCAGCUUUCAAAACACUAUUGUAUCUUAGUAUAAGAAAAGACCUGAAAGUAGGGGAGACCGGGGGCAAUUUGAACACAUAACAUUUCUUCAGUCACAAAUAUGAUAGAGAGAUAAGAUGAAUUCAGCACAUGAUUCAUAUAAUACUCUCUGCCUGAGAAAAGGUUUGUGAUAUUUUCAACAAUAAGAUGAUUUUAUUCCACUAUUUUUCUUCUGUCUAAAGUUUUGAAGCCUUUGAAUUAUCUAGAAUCUAAAAUCUCAGUCUCCCCUACUGUACCAAACAAGAAAAGGACAAAUUGUUUGAUUUUAUUGUUCCUCGUAGUCAAAACUCCAAACAAAAAAGAGGAACUAAAGCCAUUGUGACAGGGCGGAGGGCGGGGCCGGGUCGUGAUUAUACACACCCGGUCCCUUAUCAGGCUAAUUAAGCCUCUGAGUGGGAUAAAGUCGUUCAAUGGAAAGGAGGAGGCGAGAACCGGCUUGGCAAUAUAAAUAAUAUUUUAAUGAUAAACUUAAAAAGACAAACACACACACAUGAUGGACAUGUCCGUAAACUAUCUCUCUCUCAUCGCACCACCAUCUGCCAUCGGCCUUUAUCCCUCUCAGAGGCUUAAUUAUCCUGAUAAGGGACCGGGUGUGUAUAAUCACGACCCGGCCCCGCCCUCCGCCCUGCCACAGCCAUGUAAACAAAUAUGACAAUCGUACUGUUUAACCUUAAAGUGGAAACACAAUAUGCCUUGCUUAUAAAGUUUAAAUAUAUAUAUAUAUAUAUAUAUAUAUAUAUAUAUAUAUAUAUAUAUAUAUAAUAUGUAUGUGUGUAUAGAUUUCUUUUUAAAUAUUAAGUAUUGCAAAAACAAAAUCUUUAUGUUGAUAAGAGAAGCUAAAUGUUCUAUUUUUAGAUGUUUCUGAUGAAAAAAGUCACCAUGUGUCAUUUUAAAAUCUAGUGCUUGCAUGUGUAUUCUUACGUGUUUUUACAGAAUGUAUUGUGUUGUCAUGUCUUUGAGCUGGAAAUGUUGUGUAUAUGCCUGUACCACAUUAAGGGCCACCCUUUUUUCAAACAGUAUUAUUUUGCUUAGGCAGCUGUAUUGCAUGGUGGGAUGGGCCUUAUUGUGUCCUGUCUGUUUGUCUUAUGUGUGUAACGCUUCCCAUGUAUAUUAUUUUUAUAUGAUAAUAAAUGUGAUCAUAUUGCCUAA